AACUGAUAUAUUGAUUAAAUGUCUGUCAUUUUUUGACGUUUUAAUUUGAGGUUAGAAUUAAUAUAGGUUAGUCUGAUGUUGCAGAAAUGGCUAAUAUUCGAUCAAUAUGUAUUAUAACAAUAAAUUUAACUUUAUUAUCGUGUUUAUCACACGCUCUUUAUGAAGAUCAAGUAGGAAAAUUCGAUUGGAAGAAGUCUUAUGUGGGAAAAGUGAAAUUUGCGGAGUUUGAUGCGAGAAAAUUGGUAGUUGGAACUGAGGAAAAUGUAGUUGCGGCUUUAAGUUCAAAGACUGGAAAUGUUUUGUGGCGUCAAGUAAUGGAGGAUCCCAGUGAGCAGAACAUUGAGCUUCUGAAGAUUGAAAAAGAUAUAAUUACGGUUAGUGGUAAUGAAAAUUUGUGGACUGUUAGAUCAUGGGAUGUUGGAACAGGAAAUCUCAUCACUGAAUGGAUAAUCAGUGUUGAUAAAGUAGUACUAUAUAAAUUUGAUGUUAAAGAUAAUAAUUUGUAUGUUGUUGCACAUGAUGGCUCUAUGUUAAAUGUAAGAGUUUUUGAUGUUCAAACUGGUUUAGUGAAAAGUAGUUUACAAAUACCUUUUGUUGCCACAAAUAACCAGUGUAUUCUUGUCCAAACAUAUUAUGCUUGUUUAGUACAUAAUGUAGUAAAUUAUGUACAACUUAAAGAUAAUUCAAAGGUAUCAACUAUACCUUUACAAAGCAGUGAAAAUGCCAAGAUAAGUACAUAUAAAAGUGUCACUCCAGCAAUAAUAAUAACCACUAGCUCAGUUAAUUCGGAAAUUGUAUUCUUUAAUGGUGACAAUCACCAGAAACACAUCACUCCAGUAAUGCCAAAUGCUAUUGGAGUUAUUGACUCAGGUACACCACUUAUUUUCCAACUGGAAGGCACAAAAAAUCCCUCUAACCUUCUAAUUAAGUCAACAAUCGUAACAAAUGGAGAAGAAUUAACCAGAGAAUUUGAGUAUCCGCAUGGACUGGGAAAACCAGAGUUGGCUGCUGCUCAAUGCAUAGAUCACGUCUGCAAUUUGCUUCUAUCCAGUGCUGAUAAUGCCCUGCUAUUGGUCAGAUUUCCAGAAGCCAAAGUUAUGUGGACCAGAGAGGAAGCUUUAAGUAAAAUUGUUGCCACAGAGUUUUUGGAAUUACCUGUAUCUGAGUUGGAUGCCUCUAUUGAGAAUGAGUUUAAAGGCGGAAAUGUAAUUAGUAUGUUUUUGCAUAGGAUUACUACACAAUGUAGGCAACUAUCAAAUCUUGUUUUCGGCAGCCAAUUCUUGGCUAACACUGGUUUGGUAAGGGAUGAUUUUGGCUUGCAUAAGAUUAUUGUGGUGGCAACUAAAUCUGGUAAAUUGUUUGGUAUAGAUACCCUUACAGGAUCUUUGGCCUGGACUUAUAGACUACCUAAUGUAAAGCCAUUUAAAAUGUUGGAUUCUGAAAAAAUGCUUUUAUUUGUCCAGAGAACUGCUAGAUAUGCACCACUACCUGCCCAGUGUACCCUUUUAGCAGAAGACUCUAUUACUGGAAAUGGGAUUAUUAUCCAAUUUGACCCAAUAACAGGAUACUCUGAAAAAUCUAUUAUCAGACUAAAUUACAAAAUUCGCCAGGCAUUAUUACUUCCAAAUGAUGAUGAAAAUCAUGUUAAGCCUUUGGUUGUAUACUCUGACAAAGGAGAUGCGUUUAUUUACCCAGAAAGUGCAAACACCGCUAUAGCAACUCAUGCUUCACAUACUUAUUUGUAUACUGUUGAUGUCAAUAAAAAUACUUUAAAUGGACAUAAUUUAUACAGAGAGGGCGAGAAUAUUAAAACAACAUUAAGUUGGACAGUAAACUUAGGACCAUCCAAAUUGGUAGCAUUAAGUGCGAAGUCUCCAAUUGAAAGAGUGCACUCGCAGGGGCGAGUUUUACCCGAUCGUUCAGUAUAUUACAAAUAUGUAAACCCCAAUUUACUGGCAGUAGCUACAAUUGCGGAUGAUCCCAUCCACAAAAACGUCCUCAGCAUUUAUUUAAUCGACGGCGUCACUGGAUUUGUCGCCUACUCCACCUCGCAUAAAAGAGCCAAAGGCCCCAUUCAUUUGGUGCACUCGGAAAAUUGGUUGGUGUACUCAUUUUUCAGCGAGAGGUUUAGAAGAACCGAAGUGGUGGCAGCGGAAUUAUACGAGGGUUCAACGCAGAGUAAUAGCACCGUAUUUAGCUCAUUAGCAAUAAGCCAAUUACCGCACGUGGAAACUUCCUCGUACAUUUUACCCGCAUUUCCGCUAACGCUGGCCGUUAGUUUAACUGAAAGGGGGAUCACUAAUAAAUUUCUCUUUUUCGCAUUAAAUAAUGGAGUUGUUGAGAUACCCUGGUUGCUGCUACAGCCUAGGUUCGCAAAUGUAGCAUGUGGUCCAGAGGAGAGCUGCAUUCCUUACAUGCCAGAAGUUCCCUUACCCAAUGAGGCUUACAUCAAUUAUAACCAGACCUUGGAAAGGAUUCAAGGUAUUGCUGUUGCUCCUGCAAGACUUGAAAGUACUAGUCACGUUUUAGUUUAUGGUUUAGACUUGUUCUACACUCGCGUAGCUCCUUCAAAGACUUUUGAUUUGUUAAAAGAAGAUUUCGAUCACAUUCUUAUUAUUUUAGUAUUAGUAGGGUUAGUUAUUGUUUCUUUUAUCACCAAAUAUUUUGCGUCACAAAAAAUGCUAAAACAAGCAUGGAAAUAGGUUAAUUUAAUUUUUUAUAGGUGAAUUGUGUUUUGUAAAUUAGAUAUGUAAAUUAGACCAUGAAUUUGCCAAAGGGCUUGUAAUAUUGCACUAUUUAUUACAUACUUAGGGUAUUUAGAAUAAUUUGAUACAAUAUUUCAUACAUCCAUUUUGUAAAAUAAGGUGUGACUGAAACAAUGUUAACUUUUGUAUAUUGUAUGUUGUUCAUAAUAAUAAGAAUGUACAAAUAAAUUUGACCAAAU